UGCAAAGACUGGAAAAGGCAAAACUAGAAAGGCAAGAAAACUCCAGGUUAAGAUUUCUUCUAUGGUUCUGCCUUCAUCCUUCCAGAGCGCCACUGAUCAUGCUCCCUAAUGAAAGGCAGAAAGGAAAAAUAUCUUAAACUCUCUCUCCUGAAGCUCUGAGCUUUCAAAUGCAAAUACCUUCUCGAAAUGAGAUAGACUGGAUUCAGCCCCCACCUCCCCCCACCCCCCAUUAUAACCCAACUGUAAUUCUUAUACUCCGGGCUCCAGCUGUACCUCCUUGUCAAGAAAGAUGGUUUCGGGUUGGACGCAGUUGUAGCAGUCGCGGUUUCCAGGAGGAAGAGAGAGUCGAUGUGCAGCAGUAGCAGCCGCAGCUAGUCGCUCCUGUCAGCUGAAGUGGCGCUAGGCAAGGGGCACGGAGCAUGAUCUCACACAAGCACUUUAGUACUCAGGAGACCCCCACAUCAGAAAGCUGCUGCUGCUGCUGGCUGAGCGCACAGGCUGCCUACACCAGACCUCCUAGAACUUCUCAGCUGAGCCAGCGGCUGCGCAACGCACAUGUCUGAAGGAGUAGGUAGAAGCAGAGCGGCGCAACGCACAGGGGAUUUACAAAAAUCCUUUUUCUGGCCGAACAAGGACAGACAUUAAGGCAUCUAUUAGUGAUUCGAAGGAUAUACACCAAGAGUAAACCUUUCGCUUCAAGAGUCUACAAAUUAUUUGGCUCCCUAUUGAAAGUUCCAAGCUGAAACUUUUGGGAUUGUCACUCAUAUAUUUUUUAAAGAAAAGAAAAAUGAAGAUGGGAAAACAUGAGUUGUGUCAUUAUCUUCAGAUUAUAGCUAUUUUCUUUUGUCUUUCUGGAAUAAGCCAAGCUGAGCUUUCAAUGUCUACAUCCAAGCCUUACAUUCAACCAGGGAGGUCAAGAACAAAGCGCAGCUGGGUGUGGAAUCAGUUCUUUGUAUUGGAGGAAUAUACAGGUACAGAUCCUCUCUAUGUGGGCAAGCUUCACUCUGAUGCGGAUAGAGGAGAUAAUGCCAUCAAAUAUGUCUUGACAGGGGAAGGGGCAAGUUCCAUUUUCAGUAUUGAUGAGAAUACUGGAGAUAUUCAUGCUUCAAAGAGGUUGGAUCGGGAGGAACAAGCCUACUACACACUGCGGGCCCAGGCUCUUGACAGGUUAACAAGCAAGCCAAUGGAACCCGAGUCUGAGUUUGUCAUUAAAGUACAAGAUAUAAAUGACAAUGAGCCUAAAUUUCUGGAUGGCCCUUACACAGCUGGAAUUCCCGAAAUGUCUCCUGUUGGAACGUCAGUGCUACAAGUUACAGCAACAGAUGCAGAUGAUCCAACAUAUGGAAAUAGCGCCAGAGUUUCCUACAGCAUUCUUCAAGGUCAACCCUAUUUUUCAGUGGAGCCAAAGACAGGAAUUAUUCGAACAGCCUUACCUCAUAUGGACAGAGAAGCCAAAGAUCAGUAUCUUCUUGUAAUACAAGCAAAGGACAUGGUGGGACAAAUGGGAGGAUUAACAGGAACAACUUCUGUAACAGUCACACUUACAGAUGUCAAUGACAACCCGCCAAGAUUUCCUCGCAGAUCUGAUCAAUAUUAUGUUCCAGAAUCUUUACCUAUUGGUUCGACAGUGGCUAAAAUAAAAGCAGAUGAUGCUGAUAUUGGGGUCAAUGCAGAAAUGGAAUAUAAGAUAUUAGAUGGUGAUGUGGACGGCAUGUUCAAAAUUACAGUUGAUAAAGACACCCAAGAAGGAAUUAUUACAACAAAACAAGAGCUGGAUUAUGAAUCAAAGACAAGUUAUACCCUAAGGAUAGAGGCAUCAAACAAACAUGUAGAUACUCGUUUUCUCAGUGUAGGCCCCUUUAUGGAUACAACAACUGUGAAGCUUGUUGUAGAAGAUGUGGAUGAGCCACCUGUGUUUUCGUCAAGAUUUUAUUCAAUGGUGGAGUCAGAAGCAGCAAAAGUAGGAACUAGUAUUGGAACAGUAACAGCACAUGACCCGGAUGCAACCAAUAGCCCAGUGAGAUAUUCAAUUGAUCGUAAUACGGACCUGGAGAGAGUUUUCAACAUUGAUGCUAACAGUGGGCUUAUUACCAUAGCAAAGCCUUUGGACAGAGAGACUAAUGCUGUCCAUAAUAUCACAGUAUUAGCAAUUGAGAGUCAAAAUCCUGCACAGAUUGGUAAAGGAUUUGUUGCAAUAAGCAUACUGGAUAUUAAUGAUAAUGCACCUGAAUUUGCAAAUGAAUAUGAGACUACAGUUUGUGAGAAUGCUUCCCCUGGAAAAGUUAUUCAGGAAAUACGAGCAGUUGAUAAAGAUGAUCCAUCAAGUGGCCAUUGGUUUUAUUUCACUUUGCCAGCAGAUGCCAGCAAUGCCAAUUUUACUUUGCAAGACAACAAGGAUAAUUCAGCAUCAGUCGUAACAAGAAGAGGUGGAUUUCGGAGGCAGGAACAGUCUGUGUUUUAUUUGCCCAUUGUGAUUGUUGAUAGUGGAUCUCCAUCCCUCAGCAGUACAAAUACCCUGACUAUUAGAGUCUGUGAUUGUGAUGCAGAUGGUUUGGCCCAGUCUUGCAGUGCUGAAGCAUACACGUUACCAGCUGGUUUAAGCACUGGGGCGCUGAUAGCAAUUUUAGCUUGUGUCUUGACUUUACUUGUGCUUGUCCUUCUAAUUGUGACCAUGAGGAGACGGAAAAAAGAACCAUUAAUAUUUGAUGAAGAAAGAGAUGUCAGAGAGAAUAUUGUAAGAUAUGAUGAUGAGGGCGGUGGUGAAGAAGACACUGAAGCAUUUGACAUGGCUGCUUUAAGAAAUCUCAAUAUUCGAGAUAGCAAAACAAGGAGGGAUGUGACUCCAGAAAUCCAGUUCUUGAGCCGACCAUCCAUUAGAAGUGCACCAGACAAUGUCAUUUUCAGGGAAUUUAUCUGGGAAAGAUUGAAGGAAGCUGAUGUGGAUCCAUGUGCACCACCUUAUGACUCCCUGCAAACAUAUGCAUUUGAAGGAAAUGGAUCUGUAGCAGAAUCUCUAAGUUCUCUAGAGUCAAACAGCUCAAACUCUGAACACAAUUAUGAUUAUCUGAGUGACUGGGGUCCUAGAUUUAAAAGACUUGCAGAUAUGUAUGGCAAUGGGGAGGACAUCUUGUAUUCAUAGCAUUGGAACAUCUUCUGUAUAUUAUUGCACUGAAGAUAAACUCAGUAUUGACUAAUACGUAUAUGUACAUUUGUCUAACAUUUUAGGAUUAUCAUUUAUGAAACCUUUCUUUAUCACUAAUGCCCUAUGGACUCCACUGAUCAGGCCUCCUUUUAUAAACUCCAACCAAGUGUAAAUAUUACCAAAGUGUUUAUUUUUGAAUCUGUAGAAGCAGCUAAUUCAGAUUUUAUUAGCAAUCAGCAAAUUUAGGGGCUGAUUUUGGUAGCUGGGAAUUAAUGGUUUUUUUUGCACAUUACAUUAGAGCAUUUGAAAUACAUAGUGUGCUUAAAGAAUGUUAUUACCGUAUACUUUACUGGAAAAUUACUUUCCAAUAUAACUCCUGGAACAAAUAAAUCCCCUGCAAGAUAAAUACGUUUCUUGCUGUUGGAGCGAAAGGACACAUUCUUGUAUGUUUAAACACCUGCUGCUCAUAAACAAAAUAGGGCCAUGGUAUGAAGGCAAAUUGAGCUUUUAGAAACACAGUCUAGUAAUUUUAAAUAAUUUAUAUUCAAUUAUGGUAUAUAAGCUUAUACAGAAGCUUUGCAGAACACUGUAACAUUUUGUUACAUUUUUAAAGCAAGCUCUUGUUCCAUUGACUAUAUUUAAGCCCUCAGUUUGUACUAUUGAUUAUAUUGGUUAUAAGAAACUAGCAACGUUUUUGUUAUCUGCAUUACAUAAUAUAACAGGCAUCAAUAACAAUUUAAAGAAUCAGUAUACCUCCUUUUCAACAUAAGUUUAAUGAAUAGGGAGAGCAUGUGCCCAAAAAAGUUUUUUGCCUGGUUUUAAUCAUUUUUUAACAAAAGACUAAAGCUACACCAUGUUUAGUUGUUUGAGGUAGAUAAUUAGAUUAUGAAUAUACAACUCCCUUCCUUCCCAUAUUGUGACUGUUUUGUUAUAUGGAGUCCAGUAUGUAGGAUUAUCUAUGUACUGGCAAACUAUGUUCCUUGCAAGGACCAAACAUGGAGUAGCUUUGAUUUCCCCAUUUACCCUCUUUAGUUCAAGAAAUAACAAAAACCAUAUUGUUAUACUCAUAUGUACUGUUCAUGAGUAAAGCAAUAAGCAAAAAGUAUGUUCAGCAGAAAUCCUACUUAUUGAACUCAUGUUGAAUUGUGGGGGGGUGGGGGGAAGGGGGUAAACUUAUGAGUACAACGGGUUUAUAAGAGAGAAAUUCGUUUAAACAUAAUGGUAAACCACCACUAACAGGCUUUGGUGCAUAUUUAAGAACAUUGUGAUGCAAACAUUAUUUUUAUAAACAUGUAUAUUUAAAGUGUCAAUAUAUUCCACAGCACUGUACCAUAAAAGAUUGCGCUAUCUAUGUUUAGAUGUAUACAAAGACACUAACCAGUACAGGAGGUCAAGAUAAGCUUACUUAUUAAGGCUUAUGUUAUAAAAAGGAAUAGGGAUAUAAUACAUGAAUGGGGUAAAUAAGUACUAUGUUUGCUAUAGGUCUGAUCACCUAUAGCAGCCAAUAAGCAGGUAGCAUUACCAUGAUAGAGGUAAUUAGAAUUUUGGAAACAUCUUACGUGAUUAAUUGUUAUAUGUAUUUUCCCUAGGCAAAAGGAAUGUGCGUAAGUUAUUGACUAAUUAUGAGGCGUAAAAGAGAUUUGAGAUAACCCAAAGGCAUGAAGCUUGGGAGGAGCAAGUUAUAUUGGAGUUAUUAACUGAAAAGAGAUUUCAGGGAUGUUAUGGGAUGCCACCUGACAUUUUAUUGGUAUUAAGUGUUUCUGCUUCUGUAGAUCAAUCAACAUCCUAUGUUGCUUUCUGUCUUUUCCAGAAUAUUGUACUCAAUUAGAUUAUGCCA